CUCUUUUUUUUUUUUGCAACCCGUUUGAUCGGAGCAGCUGGUAGCUAUGAGGACAAAGACGUUUGUGCUGUACCCGUCGCUGGGCGUCGGCCACCUCAACCCAAUGGUGGAGCUGGCCAAGCACCUGCGCCGCCGCGGCAUCGGCGUCGUCGUCGCGGUGAUCGACCCGCCCGACAACGACGCAGCGUCGGCCGAGGCCACGGCGCGCCUCGCCGCGGCCAACCCUUCCAUCACGUUCCGCGUCCUGCCGGCGCCGUCCAGCCCGGACGUCGGCGCGCACCCGGUCAAGCGCGGCCACGACACGCUCCGGCUCGCCAACCCCGUGCUCCGGGAGUUCCUCCGCUCGCUGCCCGCCGUCGACGCCCUCUUGCUCGACAUGUUCUGCGUCGACGCGCUCGACGUCGCGGCCGAGCUCGCCAUCCCGGCCUACUUCUUCUUCCCCUCCCCAGCAAGCGUCCUCGCCAUCUUUCUUAACCUCCCGUAUUACUACCCCAGCGUGCCGUCGUUUAGGGAGAUGGGCAAGGCGGCGCUUCUCCGCUUUCCCGGCAUGCCGCCGAUCCGCACCGUCGACAUGCUGGCGACGGUGCAGGACAAGGAGAGCGUGACGACCAGGGUCAGGUUGUACGAGUUCAAGCGGAUGACGGAAGGGAAGGGCAUCCUGGUGAACAGCUUCGAUUGGCUGGAACCCAACGCCCUGAAAGCGCUCGCCGCCGGCAUCUGCGUGCCGGAAAGGCCCACUCCCAGGGUCUAUUGCGUCGGGCCACUGGUCGACACCGGGAAGAAGGGAGGGAGCCGAGGCGACGGCGAGCGGCACUCAUGCCUCGCGUGGCUGGACUCGCAGCCGCGGCGGAGCGUUGUGUUCCUCUGCUUCGGCAGCAAGGGCGCGUUCCCGGCGGCGCAGCUGAAGGAGAUAGCUCGUGGGCUAGAGAGCUCCGGCCACCGGUUCCUGUGGGCCGUGAGGAGCCCGCCGGAGGAACAGAGCACAUCCCCGGAGCCGGACCUGGAGCGGCUGCUUCCGGCGGGGUUCUUGGAAAGGACCAAGAACAGAGGCAUGGUGGCCAAGAGCUGGGUGCCACAGGCGGAGGUGGUGCAGCACGAGGCGGUCGGCGCGUUCGUGACGCACUGCGGGUGGAACUCGACCCUGGAGGCCAUCAUGUCGGCUCUGCCGAUGAUAUGCUGGCCGCUGUACGCGGAGCAGGCGACGAACAAGGUGUUCAUGGUGGAGGAGAUGAAGAUCGCCGUGCCGCUCGACGGCUACGAGGAAGGAGGGUUGGUGACGGCGGAGGAGAUGGAGGCGAAGGUGAGGCUGGUGAUGGAGACCGAGGAAGGGAGGAAGCUGAGGGAGAGGCUGGUGCGGACGAGGGACAUGGCCUUGGAUGCCAUCAAGGAAGGCGGGUCUUCUGGAAUUGCACUCGACGAGUUCAUGAGAGAUUUGGAGACGAACAUCUCGGAAAACGGUGGUUGCAAAUAAUCCGAUUUGGAGACGAGUUCAUGCGGGAUGGCACCUGACAAAUGAGCUACAGGAGCACGUUGAUUUGCUAGAUAUAAGCAUUUCUAAGUAUUAUUUUAUUAUUUAGUAAAGAUUUAUGUAAGGGGAAAUUUUGCUUUCUCAUCUUAGUGGUCAAAUUUUGAAUUGCAGAUUGUUUGGAUUCUCUCUCUGAGCACUUGAUUGGCUUAAAAAUAUCUAGAUUUGUAUCAGAUAGAAAAAAAUUAAAUCCUAUAAAUACUUGUAACGGAGGAAGCACA